AUAAUACAUGAUUAUAAGUCUCAAAUCCAACAGUCGUCUAUCAACUAUUGAGCCGUAUAUAUAAACUAUAUUUGUCAAGCUUCAUAGUAAAACUCAGAAUAAUGAGCUUUUUAAAAAUAAGUUCAAAAAUUCUAUCAAUAUCUAGAUAUAAUUUAAAUAGUAAAAUUUAUUUACACAAAAAAUAUUCAACUAAAUCACCAAGAAUUCUCAUUACUGGUGGCCUUGGACAGCUUGGAACAGAAUGUGCAAAAUUACUUCGUAAAAAUUAUGGAAAAGACAAUGUAAUACUAUCAGAUAUUGUUAAACCAUCUGAAGAUGGUCUUGCAAAUGGACCAUUUAUAUUUGCAGAUAUAUUAGAUUUUAAAGGUCUUCAAAAAAUUGUUGUUAAUUAUCAAAUUGAUUGGUUGAUACAUUUUUCAGCAUUAUUAAGUGCUGUUGGUGAACAAAAUGUACCACUUGCUAUUCGUGUUAAUAUUGAAGGAAUGCACAAUGUCAUGGAACUUGCUAAACAAUAUAAUUUAAGAAUAUUUGUACCAUCAACAAUUGGUGCAUUUGGUCCAGAUUCACCAAGAAAUCCAACACCAAAUGUAACAAUACAAAGACCAAAAACAAUUUAUGGUGUUAGUAAAGUACAUGCUGAAUUACUUGGUGAAUAUUAUCAUCAUAAAUUUGGUCUUGAUUUUCGUUGUUUAAGAUUUCCUGGUGUUAUUAGUAGUGAUCCACCUGGUGGUGGAACAACAGAUUAUGCAGUUGCUGUAUUUCAUGAAGGACUUAUGACAAAAAGAUACGAGUGUUAUUUAGAGCCACAUACACGUCUUCCAAUGAUGUACAUUGAAGAUUGUUUACGUGCAUUAUUUCAAUUUUUAAAUACACCAAAUGAACAAUUAAAAAGACGUGUUUAUAAUGUUACAGCAAUGAGUUUUACACCAGAAGAAUUAUUUGCUGAAUUACAAAAACAUAUACCAGAAUUACAUGUAUCAUAUAAUCCAGAUAAUCGUCAACUCAUUGCUGAAUCUUGGCCACAAGUAUUUGAUGAUUCAGAAGCAAGAAUGGAUUGGGGCUGGAAACAUAAAUAUGACAUUAAUCGUCUUGUCUCAACAAUGGUUCGUGAUGUUAGUGAAAAUUUUCUUCCUAAACUUCAACGAAUUGAAGCAAUCAAUAACUAAUCAUCAUCAUUUAUGAUUAUAAACAAAUAAAAAUAAAAUUUUCAAUAUAAAAAACCU